AUGUCUACUAGUCCUGAAGCCGGAGUUCCCCAGUCGCCAUUCAAAUCAAUACUCAAUUUCCGCGAUGUAGGCUCGUGCAUCAACGCACUUACUAACACUUCGCUUCUCAAGCCUUCACUCUUGUUCCGUUCAGCACGUCCCGAUGAAGCCAGCCCAGAGGAUGUCCAGAAACUAACGUCCACCUAUGGUAUUCACACUAUCAUAGACUUACGCUCCAACACUGAGCAUAUCAAGCAAGAUGAGAAAUUCUCACAACGCCGUAAUGCCGCUACUCUCACAACCACUGAACAGAAAGCAGCAAAUACAGUGCGUAUGCCAGGCAUCAAAUAUGCUGACAUCGAUCUGAAUGGGGGAGCCUUUACGAAAGCGUUGCUCUGGAAGCUAAAAUGGCGAAGUCUCGCGAAGCUCCUCGCUCUGAUGGCUGCUGGGUACCGCACAGAGGCCAUCAGAGUCCUUGGGACGGAAGUAAUGGCGCCCAGGGGACUCAUCGGCUUAGGCAAAGACAGCCUGGACCAUUCCAAAGUGAAUAUACGCCAAGUCUUUGGGCUGUUGGCAAUCACAAGCAAUUACCCAAUCAUGGUCCACUGUACUCAGGGCAAGGACCGCACCGGACUGAUAGUCAUCCUAGUACUUUUACUGCUGGAUGCAUCAAUGCCAGCUAUUAGAGCUGAUUAUGUAGCAAGUGAGAAGGAGUUGGAACCGGAAAAGGUAGAGAGGCUUAAAGAAAUUGCUGACGUCGGCCUGGGGGAAGAAUUCGCUGGAUGUCCCGUUGGAUUUGUGGAGGAGAUGCAGAGCUACAUUGAUGAAAAGUAUGGAGGUAUCAAGCCAUAUUUGAAGGCAUGUGGUGUAGAAACACAGCAACAGGAGAGUGUUGUACAUAAUCUUGCCCGGAUGAAAUGA